AUGGCAACGUUGUGCGCCCGGCCCGCGGACUGCUUCGCCGCCCGCGCGUUCUUCGAGGCUCCUCUCCGGCCGACGCCGCAGCGGAAGUCUCCGGCCACGGCUUCCCUGCCUGCGCCCGGGCCGACGCGCGGACGGGCGACGGCGAGCAGCGGGCGGCAGCGCGGGCGCCGGUCUCCCCCGGCGGCCGGGGCCGGCUCGCCGCCGCACGAGCGCGCCAUGGAGAACGUCGUGAUCCUGAGGCGCGGGGAGCGGGUCCCGCCUGUGUUCGCGGAGGCGUCGACGGGACCCACCCCGGCCGAGGGGGCGGGCUUCGCGCUGGCGGGGAAGGAUAGCCGCGGCGUGCACGAGUCCGUGGUGGCCGCGAAGCAGAGCACCACGGUGGCGGCGGAGAAGGAAGAGCUGGUGGCUGUGGCUGCCGCAGAGCGCCACGGCGCCGAUGCCACGAAACCAGAGGCCGUGGCGGCCGCCGCGCGACGGACGCUCCCGCAGGCGGAGGAGGAGGAGGCCGGGCGGGCACCCUUGUCAGCCGCGACGGCUCAGCCGGCUCCGUACGCGGGCGCGUCGUUCCUCGUGGCCGCGCCCGAUCCACGUGCGCUGCCCAUCCCGGCGCUCUUACUGAAAGCCCGCGGCAGGGGCGCUCGGCCUCGGAUCCGUGCGCUCGACGACGAGCGCGCACCAGCACCCGCGGCUGCGGCAGCAUGA